AUGGGAUGAUGCUGCGGGGUGACCUGGCCUCUGUCCCCUCACCCAUGUCAUCUCCCAGCCGGUGCAAGUGGUUUAACUGCCACCUCACAGCUCAGCUGAUAGCCCAUCUCACAUGACACAGGAUUAGAGAUGCCCAGCCUGCAAUACGCCUGAGGUGGUACAGCCGCCACCCUCGGGGGUCCCUGAGAGCCUCAUCCCAACCUGUGAACCUCUGCAAAUCCCAGGCUGGGAUAGGCACGGUCACUGGGUGAUAUUCGUACCUGCAAGAAGCAGCCUGAAAUACGUGAGGGACAGUUCACCUAGGGACAAGCGCAAGGUCGAGGACACCACCAGGAAUAAUCCCUGGCACCCAGCCAAGGUGGGGCUCACGGGGACAGCGGUGACGCCUCGGCGAGCACCCCGUGCCACGGCAGUAGGCAUGGGGCUGCCCGUGGCCCCCGCCGUACGUGCAGGACGAAGGGCAGUGGUGAUUCCCGGUGCAAGGCAGGGGCUGUCCCCGGGCUGGGGAGGGUGCAGUGGGUGGCUGUAAGCUGGAGAUGGCACAGCUGGACUUUGGCCACUGGGAGAGAGUUUGGAGCUGAAGGGCCCCAGCUGGGCAUUGGGGUCAGGCUGCGCUGAGUGAGGAUAUACCAGGAUCCUCCCAUCCAGGACAAGAACCUUGAAAUUCAACGCCAGGCCCCUUUGCCGAGCACAGGAUUGAGGGUGCGGGAUCCCCGUGGCCGCCACCUGACCCAGGACGAGGAGCAGCACGGGGCUAAGCCGCCAACCGGCUGCAUCCGGAGGUCGUGACGCGCCACCUCACGUCACCGCCCCGGCAGCCGGGACUCGCUGCCACCGGCGUGCUGCCGGGCCCCCAGAGCACACGCCACAGCAUCGCCUCUGGGCCUGGGCACCCAGCCCUGAGCCAUGGCGCUGCUCAUCCAUCUCCUUGCCUGCGCCUUUGGCACAGGCUCCUGGGUGGCCAUCAACGGGCUGUGGGUUGAGCUGCCACUGCUGGUGACGGUGCUGCCGGAGCAGUGGGACCUGCCCUCCUACAUCACCAUCAUCAUCCAGAUGGCCAACGUGGGACCGCUCUUCGUCACCCUCAUGCACCACUUUCGUCCCGGCUUGCUGAAGGAGGUGGCUGUUAUCUAUGUGGUCGUGUCCAUGGGCGUCAUCGCCUGCUUGCUCCUGGCCUUCCUCUGGAACUACUCAUCCCCCAUCGCUGGGAGACCCCACAGCACCGCCUUCCUGAUACUCACUUUCUUCCUGGCCCUGGUGGACUGCACCUCCUCAGUCACCUUCCUGCCCUUCAUGAUGCAGCUGCAGCCCCAGUACUUGACCACCUAUUUCAUCGGCGAAGGGCUCAGCGGGCUGAUCCCUGCUCUCAUUGCCCUAGGCCAGGGCUCUGGCAUCUCCAGGUGUGCCAAUGUCACCUACAUGGUCAACAUCACCACCGGCAACGAGACCAUGGAGAGCACUGUUUUCCAGCUGGAGACUCGCUACUUCCCAGCCAACUUUUCCACCCUUGUCUUCUUCCUUUUCUUGACUGCAAUGAUGCUGGCCUGCUUGCUGGCCUUCUUCUUCCUCACCAGGCAGCCCAAAGUGUGGGAGUUCUCCCAGCAGCAGCUCUUUCCCAGCAACAUUGUGCUGAGGUCAUUUGACCAGAUCACUGAUGAGGGAGCUCACUCACAGCUGAGCGGAGGCUGCCCAUGCCCAAAGGAUGCCAAGGGAUCCAGGAACAUCCUUCCAGAGAAGGUUUCCUACCCCUUGGCUAAGCUCACAUUCAUCUACCUCCUCAUCACUUGGGUGAGCGCUCUGACCAACGGGGUCCUGCCAUCCGUGCAGUCCUACUCCUGCCUUCCCUAUGGCAACACCGCCUACCACCUCACGGCCACGCUCAGCUCCAUGGCCAACCCCCUCGCCUGCAUCGUGGCCAUGUUCCUGCCCAGCAGGUCCCUGGCCCUGAUGGGCGCCCUCACCAUGGCAGGGACCGGCUUUGGUGCCUACAACAUGGCCAUGGCGGUGAUGAGUCCCUGCCCGCUCCUCCAGCAGUCCCAGUGGGGCGAUGCUACCAUCGUCCUCUCCUGGGUGCUCUUCACCGGGACGCUCUCCUACGUGAAGGUGAUGGCCGGGGUGAUCCUGCGGAGCCACAGCCACAGCGCACUGGUGUGGUACGGGGCAGUGGAGCAGCUGGGCUCCCUCCUCGGGGCCCUGCUCAUGUUCCCUCUCGUCAACAUCUACGACUUCUUCAAAUCAGCCGACUACUGCAGCCUGCAGUGCCCGGCGUGAGCAGGACGAGCGCCCCCAAACCAGUGAUGACCAAGAGGCUCUGAAGCAGCGCUGGGACUGGGGUGGCUGCAGGCACGUCACCGUUGGGUCUCGGAGUGGGACCAACUCUGUGGUUUUGCCCCCAGCCCAAACACGGGGUGU